AACAUUUUUGUUUAAAAGUCAAAAAUUUCUUGACAUUAUCUUUCUUUUGACGCAUGUUCUUUUCGCGCCAAAUUCAUCAGUUCAUCGCGAUGGCAAACGACGAGAAAGAUUUUACGUAAAAGAAAAUUAAGCGAAAUGUACUCAUCAGUUCGAGCGUCCCACGCCAAUUUCAAAAGUAGAAGAAGAAAAUAUCCCAUUUCGUUUCGACCAGAACGUCCCAACGGAAGAUUUAAAUUUAGAAAUUUUUGUGCAUGUUUUCGCAAGAAAAAUGAAUUGGAAAAGAAAUUUAAUAGUAAAGCAAAUUUAAAUUCGGAGAAGUUUGACAAAGAAAAAUUAGAAGACGAUAUUGCGCCGAUUUUAAAAGAGAUAACCUCAAAAUUUUUCGAGAAAGAAUUUAAUAAGUAUUUCGAUAAGAAUAAAGAAAAUCCUGAGGAGUGUUUGAGUACAACGACGUUUUUAAGCACGAGUUUUUUUCAACUUUCGAGGCCGAUUAAAUUGGAUGCUUACCCGAUUAGUUUAAAUUAUCAAAAAAAAAGUUUUAAUCGAGAUAAAGGAACGCAAUAUUUAAGCGCCACGAGUUUACAAAGUGGAGUUGAGGAUAAAUUAUUUACUGAUAUGAAAGAUGAAACAACACAAACUGAUGGGAAUAAAUUUAAUUUCUCGGAUAAAAUCACCCAAUAUUCCGAUAACUUUCGAUGCAACAAAGAAACGAACACUUCGAAUAUAUCCCAAAAAUCAACAACGAUUUUAUUCGCAAAUCAAAGUAAAAUGUUUGAAAGUACCGAUGAUACUUUAAAGGAAGACGAAGUUGAUGAAACAAGGAAGAAAAGAUCGGUUAGAAUAAAUCUGGGUACAGAAAAAAGAAGCUGUUGUACGAGUACUAGCGAUACUUGUAUUUACGAGGAGAUUCAAAGUAAAUUUUUCGAGUGGUUAGAGUUUGUUAGGAAGAAUAAAAAUCAGGGGGAUACUCAAUCGAAAAUUCCUUCGAUCUUAAUUAAACCCAAAAAUGAUGAUACUUUAAAAACGAAACCUUCAAUUUACAAAUUAAAAGUGAAAGCAACCAAAAAAGUGGAUGAAACAGAAGAGCGAAAAGAAGCUUUAUCUAAAGUUGCCGAAUUUUUAACAUCGGAUAACCCGAUUUUAACCGAAGAUAUCCAAAAAUCCUUAAAUAAAUUAUCGGGAAAUCGAGAAUUAUCCGAUAAACAACGAUAUCCCACUUUUAUAGGGACCGAUAUAAAAGUUAACAACGAAACAAAUUCCGUUCUAGACGAUGUUAAGAAAAAAAGAGUUCCCAAAAUAAUUAUUGGGAAAAAAAAAUUAAAAAAUCAAACUAACGAGGAGGUUGAGGAAGAUUCCAUCAAAAAGGUUGACUUUGAAAUUGAUGCGAUUACUUCGAAGAUGGAGAAAUAUUUGGAGGUGCUUUUGCAUGAUGAUCAAAGCUCUUUGGGGUCAGAUUCGGUUGUUGAAUCACCCGAAGAGCUGCAAAGAAUGGAAUUGUGCCCGCUGGAGAAUCAAAGUGUUUGUAAAAGCACCCCGGUGACUCUAUUACAUCCUUUAUUGCAUAAUAUUCAUAUGAAAACUUUAAAUAAAAAAGAUUCGAAUUUAGGGAAAGAUUCAAAAAAAAUUAUAAAUAAAGUUAAAUCGGAAGAAAAAAAGGAAUUUAAAUUCGGAAAUUUAUUCAAAAAAAAAGUUGAAAUAACAGAACCUAAACCAACAACAAAUCAAACUUUUAAUAUAUUAAACGUGUCUACUAAAGACCGUGGAACUUGUUACCCCAAAAAUGAGUUGGCCGAUAUCUCAACGAUGGCGGGGAAUUCUUUAUUUAUCUCCGUUGAUAAAUCGACGAAUACGAUUAAUGAGAAAAAUCAAUCGAUGGGUGUUCAAACGAUAAAUAACGUAAGAAAUAAGAAGUUAUUAGCAGUCUCAAAAAGGAAUACGUUUCAUAUUGGAGUCCAAACGAAUUUGGACGACUUAGAUCAAGAUGAUCGUGAUUUCGAUGAUAACGAAAGGAUUUUGUAUGCGAGAGAACGAAAAGUGAAUGAAUUACACCAAAGAAAAGUAAAAAAAUAUUUUUUUAAAGCUAAAAAAGUUGUCACGGAGUUAUUAAACAAAGGAAAAUAUUCAAACAGUUGGAGUAACACCGAAGAAAUUGACGAAGAAGAUUCCAACUCAAUCGAUAACUUAAAUAUCCCUUUAAAAGUGCAGUUUUCUAACGUCGUAAUCGAGGGUGAUGCUAAAGACUCAACGACAAAAAUAAUAAACCUCCCCAAAGAAAAUUCAGACAUUGAUGAUGAUAAUGAUGAUGAUUUUAGUGAUGAUGAAGUUUUUAAGAAACAAACGGUUUUAUCGCUUUACACGUGGAGUUUCAGCAACAAAGAUGAAGAUCGUUUUUUAAAAAAUGAAAAAAAAUCUUUUGAGUCAACCUAUUUAGGGGGUGGGGAUAAUAAUUUCUUUUUGUCGCCCCCAAAAAAUUAUUUCAAUCGAUUAAUAACUUACCCCGUUAUUACCGAGAACGUAAACAAACAUCAAAGUGUGUUGAACGUUUCACCUGGAAAAGAAAAAGUUAAAAUAAUCAGCUCGAAAAUUAAAAAGAAGAAAAUUGCUAAAAAGAAAAAAAAUAAUGAAUCAAAAAGAAUUAAAAAACCGGUUUCAAAAAAAGCCCAACGAAACAGUCCAAAAGAGUUGUUUCAACCCAAAUUGAUCCAAGAAAAAGUUAACAAUGACAUCUCUAUUUACAAAGUUGAUAACUACAUUCAAUUUAGAAGUUCGUCAUCAAUUGUUGAUCAAGAAUUCUUGGAAUUAAAACGUUCCGAACAAAAACUUAAAGAUGAAGUUAAAACCCCGGUUAAAAUUGAGGUUACAAAAAGUAUAAAAGAUGAGUUAAUUAAUGAUCGCACCUUAAAAGGGGAAUUGAUCAGCACUUUCCACCCAAUUGGACCCGACGAUAUUAAAUUAAUCGAAAAAGAAUCCGACAAAAGCAUUAACGAUGAAAGCCUUAUAUUAACUUUAAAAAAGAAUUUAUUAACUUCACCUCAAAACAAAAGCGAAAUUAAAGAAGACGAGUUAUCGUUAGUAAAUAGUGACAUCUUUGGUGAUCUGCCUUCCGAUAUAGUUGAUGAGAUUCUCGAUGAACUCGGCGCGUUAUCCGGAGAUUACCCUUUAAUACAUCACGUUGAAGAACCUACACAAGACUUUAAUAAUGGUAAUGAUGGUGAAUUGGAGGGGAAACGAUCAUGGGGACAAUUAGCCGAUCGUUACAAAAAAAUGUUUUUGAGAAAGAAAAAAGCAAAAUCAAAAAGCAAAUUGAAUUUGGUUAAUUGUUGUAAACGUCCUAAAAAGAAGAAAGAAAUUAAAAUCAAAGAAGCACCCAAAAAGAAAAUUUUCCUUGAUAAAAAACAAGCUAAAUCAAAAAGGAAAUGGUAUCAUUUUUGGAAACCCCCCGAAAUACGUCAAGACGUUGAGGACUCUUUAGAUCUUAUCGAAGAGGAGAAACCGUAUCCUUUUGAGAAAAACAAUUUUGAACCAGUUUUAAUUUCUGGGGAUUUAGUUGGAAAAACAAAAGUUAUAACUAAACCUUUACCAAGAAUAACGCGGGCUUUCCCAAAAAUCAAAGAAAUCGGAAAAUCCCCCGAAGAUCUUUUAUUAACAUCAAGCGUUCUCCUAAAAUUAACCCCUCAACGAGAACAAAUCGAAAAAUUUAACCUACAAUUAGCUUAUGGAGGGACCCCAUCAACCCGACACACCCUUUCUUUACCCAAAAAUACGAACCAACACAUCUACAAUCUCCAACAAAUCCUUCCGGGUCGUAAUUCGUUGGUUUUGGUUCAUCAAGGUUCCCCAUCGUUGAAGAGCAGCACAAUUACAAUUUCGGAAAGACUUCAAAUCACAAGCGACUCCGAUUCAACCGAUGAUUAUUUAUUUCGAGCACCCCCAAGACUCCCGAAAAGUAAUCUCGAUGAAUUGGAAAUAAUUCGCCCCAAAACGGUUUAUUUAGUAAGCGGGUUAAGGCAACAUAUAAGCGAUGAGAUGUUAAUGACGCUUUUAAGAACGUAUUUAUGGAGAAUGAUACGAAAACCUAUGAUUACUGAUAUUGAGCCAUGUUUGGAAGGUGUUAAAGUCGAGGAGGACGACACAGGAGCGAGUUUGAGUGCUUUCGAUGAGGAGGAGGAGGUUCAAGAAGAUGUUGGUGAAGUUGAGGAGACAAAAGAGGAUGAUGCAAAUCAGUUAAAUUUUCUUAGAGAAGUACUCCGUGGGAAAGAUGAGUUAAUUAAGCGAGAUGUAGAGAAGGUUGAUGAUGGGAUUCGAUACGAUAUUUUGGUGUCUGAUGAUGAAAUUAAAAAGGAAGCUGAGGAUAUUGUGGAGGGGGUUGUUGAGGAGAUUAUUGAGGCGGUUGUUGCGGGUGUUGAUGAGAGGGUAGUUGAGGAGAUUAUUGAGGCGGCUGUUGCGGAUGUUGAUGAGAGGGAAGUUGAGGAGAUUAUUGAGGCGGAUGUUGAUGAGGGGGUUGAGGAUGUGGAGGAAGUUUUGGUGCAAAAAAAAGAGGAGGAAAUUAAAGUUGUCGAUUUUCCUGUAAAACCAAAACUUAAAAAUGCGUUUGAGCAUGCUUCAUCAGGAGUUGGGAAACCGAUUUUGGAAAUAACCGAUGAAUUUAGAGCUUUUUUGAAGAGCAUGGGAGUGUUUGAGCCCCCGGAAGUUAAGGGGAAAAAGAAGAGACCUAAAAUAAUAAUAAAAAAGAGUGUUCAAACCUCGAAAGAGUUUCAUAUUGAGAAAUUAAAGCCAUCGUUGGAUGAUGGGUUAAUAUUAAGGAGUACAUCGCUUCCGGAAAUCAAACCGUUAUCGGGGGGAGUUAAAAAAAUUAAAUCUUCGUUUUGUAAUAUCAAAAAACCUUCAAAAAUUGCGUUUAAAACUAGCCAUAAACCUAUGGAAAUUAAGGAAACAAAGAAAAUUUAUUAUCGGAUGAAGCCAAAGCCGAAAAUAAUUAAACGGGCCCCUUUACAACCGAUUUUCCAUGAAGAAUGCAAAAUAAGUUGCUCAAAUAAGGAGUGUUUGGAGAAAGAGGUGGUGAAAUACGAAGAAAAAAAUGUGAUUGAGAAGAAAUUGAAGUCAAAAUUACCAGUACGGAAACGAAAAUUUCAAGAAAAUAAAUCGAUUAAGGUUGAGAAAAAUAAAGCGGGGAGUUCAAAGAUUCCAAGAAUUAAUUUUAAGAAUAAAUCAAUAAAUGAAAAGAUUUUGAGGCAUCUAGAAAGUAGGAAAUGUCCAAAAAGUUGUCGUUCAUUGAACGUUGAGGAGAAUUCGGAUGAAAAGAAAUCGAAAAUAAGAUUUAUUAAAAGUAAAAUUAGGAAAUCGGCUAAAAUCGAGGUGGAAAAGUUCAAUAAAUUGUUAAGUGAUUUAAAAAAUUUGCAAAAAAAUGAUUCCGAAAAUGAAAUAAAUAAGAAGAAAUUAUACAAAAAUAAAUUUAGGGAUGAUAAAAAGGGAUUAAAAAACGUUGUGACUUUAAAUAAAUCACAAACUCAAACGGAACGAUUUCAACUAAAAAAAUGUCCGGAAACGUGUAAAGUUCAAAGCGAAAUUAAGAAAUCAAGUAAGUUUGUUUCAAAAAUUAAUCGAAAUCAAAGUGAGAAUGAGCCCAAAAGAGAUGUUAUGAAAAUAAUUGAAGGUGAAGGAGGAGUUAAAGAGGACUCAACAGCUUCUGAUGAUGUUAAAGACUCAAAAUGUUUAAAAAUUUAUGAUAAAAUGAAAUCGAAACUUGUUAAAACAAUUUUAGAAGCAUCAAAAUCACAGAAAUUUAGUUCAAGUAGUGUUAUAACCUUAAAUAAAUCAUCGACUCAAACCGACGAAGAGAACGAAAUCGAAUCUAAUUUCACACAAAAUGAGACAACCACUUCCAAAUCAAAUCAAAAUAAAUCAGAAAUUAAUAAUGAAAAGAAAUCGUUAAGAUUUCAAGAUGAUUUUGAUAAAAACGAUGAAGAUUUUCCGAAAAGUGGGGAAUCACAAAAAAAUGAAGUAUCAACAGAGUCUCCAAAAAGUACAGAAUCAUCAAGACUUUUAAUUAAAAUUAAAAGAAAUAAUUUUGAUUCAUCAUCAACGAAUAUCGAACGUAUUGAAACUCCAAGAACUUCGGAAAAACCUUCAGCCUCAACAUCAACAUCAACAUCAACAGAACCUGAAUUAUCAUCAAAACGCUUUCUAAAUAAAUUUAAUUUAAUUAAAAAUCGUACGAAAAAUAAUGCAUUCGGUUAUCAAUGCGGAGUAUGGGGAAAUCCGUUUUAUAACACCCCCAAAACGAAUCAAAUUAACAACGAAAUCAAAGUAACGUCUUACUCAUCAACGAUUUCGGAUGAUGGAAAUUUGGCUCAAAUAAUCAAAAAAGAAGUUAAAUUAAUAAAUUUUGAUCCACCGACGUCUUUUACGUCGUCUUCGUCGUUUUUAUCGUCGCCAUCGCAGAAUAGCCGCGUGAAUCGGCGGUUGCUCGCUCAAGAAAUUGCGAACGAUAUUAAAAAGAAAUCGGAGUUGUUUAAAAGGAAUAAAACGUCGUCGUCUUUUUCGGAGAACAUUUCGAAAAUUAAUUAUUUCAAUCCGAAAGAUACCGAUUACAACGUGAAUUAUUUUAUGAGGAGUUUUAACUCUGUUGAUAAGUUAGACUUUUUCGAUACGUCGUUUUCCGUCAAUGAGGGAUCUAUCAAAUAUCCGUCAAACUUGAUCGCUAAGGAAGAUUUGGUCGGCGAAGAAACGAAACCAAAUGGAAUAAAAUGUCGAUUGGAGUUCAUCUAUAGGAAGAUGCCCAUUGCGGUAGACUCGGAAUUGGGGUUGUUUUCUAAUAGUCGGGAAUUUAGCGAGGGUGUGUCCGAAAUGAAGAAACGAAAGAAAUCAAAAGAUGUUCUUCCUCCAAAAUCUUUCUUCGCCGAACCAAUCGAAUGUUUCACGGCCACGGCUGCAGUCGAUAACAUUCAAACCGGUGAUGGUAGCGACAAAGAAAACAACAACUUUCACGAUUUAUACCUAAUUAAAAGCGAUACCAUCGUGCGGAGAGAUGACCCAAACGGUGCCGUCUCAGCCUCGAAAUCAUCAGAAGAUUUUUUCUGCCCACCCCAAGCGAAAAAGGCGAAAACGUUUAAAGCAAACUUAAACAACGUUUUUAAAGAGUGCAACGACAUCUUUCAAAAAGUUAAACGUUUCCAUCAACCAAUGAUUGAUCCUUUAAUGAAAUCGAACGUGCUUUGUCUCUCGAAAAAGAGAGAAUUAAACUUUCCAAUGAUCGAGGAUUUGAAGAAGAAGAAGAAAAAGUCGAGUAGAAGUAGUUUAAAUGGAUCGGAUGAUUCUAAGAGGAGUAAACGUAAAACUUCAAAAGAUCAUACUACGAAAGAUCACAGCUUAAGAGAUGCUUCGAAAGAAAAUUCACAGGAUGAUUUAAAUGUUACGAAAGAUGAUGAUAAGACCGAAUCGAAAGAUUCAAUCACUACAGUGACUUAUAGAUCAAAUCCGACGUUAUCUGUGGAAACCGAUACCACAAGAACGAUUGAAAGUUCGGGGCCAUCGAGUUUAAAUUGUGACGGCCAAUGUCAAACAGAGGGGUUAUGUUAUUGUAAGAUGUCAAAAGGAAAUAAUAACCAAAUUAAACAUAGUAGACCAGUUAAGGUUAUGGAUAAGGAGCAACGAGACUUUGGGAAUAAUUACCAAGCGUUGAUUAAGCCGUAUACAUGUUGUAUCCAUGCGAAGGAAGAAGGAAGAAAUUAUUGCAAAAAAGUUACAUUUGAUCAAAUGAGAAGGAAUGAGGAGCAUUCAGUUUGUACCGAUAGCUCCAUAACUUCAAUAGAGGCUGUAAAAAAAUUAAUUGGGAAGAGAAAACGUAGACAUAAAGACAAAUCGAUGACUAAAAUCCUUAAUUGUGGGAAAGGUACCGUUGAAGCGGUGGUAAGCGAGGGUUAUAAAGAGGAGCCAAAUUCAAAAAUGAGUGGAUAUGUUGAUAAAAAACGUAGAAAAUCGAUUAAUUUGCGGAGGAGUAGGAAAAGUGCUGAAAGGGGAAGUGAAACAAGCUCGAAAGAUACAAGCUCAACUAAAAUUCCUUUUUUUCGGAGGUUGUUUAAGUCGAAACGGGAGCGAUCUAAAUCAAAAGAUAAAUCGAAAGUUAAAUCAAAGCAUAAAAGGAAUAAAGAGAAGGAGAAACAAGAUGUUUUGGAUAAAUUACCUCCAGGAAUAAGGAGAUUACAAGCUAGUUAUAACGAAAAAUAUAUGGCUCUUAAAAGGAGGAUGCGUAAAGACGAUCACGACCUUGAAUUUGGGUUGUGUAAUUGUCCAAAGGAGGAUGACAGUGUUGUUAUUGUUGAGAGUGGUAAAAAAAAUAAAAAAAAAUGUUGUGCUAAAAAAGGCUCUCCUCAAAACCCCCAAAUAAACCAACCAGAAAAAAAUGAGUUUCCCAUAACAACAAAAUGUGCAUGUAAUAUUUUAGAACAACAAAGUAAAGGUAAGGAAACCCCCGGAAUUAAGCGAAGACCUCGUUUAAUCAAAAAGAGAUCGAAAUCGAACGAGGUUACCCCAAAAUCUUCUCAAAGAAGUAUUUUAAAGAAGAUAAGUAAGAAAAAAAAGAACUCAACUCAAUAUGAGGAGCCUCCUCAAGACAAAAAACUAACCUUUGAAGAAGAUUUAAAAGAAGAAAAUGACGUUUCUAGAGAAGAAUCGAACGCAGUUGUGCCAACCCAAAAUGUCAAAACAAAAAGGAACAGAUCAAAAAAUUCGGUGGUAAGUGACGAUAAUUCGAGGGCGAAACGAAAAAACAGUUCUUCAUCGAAGUUUAAACCUCCUAAAAAGAGCAAAAAACAACGAAAAUUAGAGGAACAAUUAUAUAACGAACUCGACCCGAAAGUAAUUGACCCAAAAGGUUGCAUUUGCGAUGACGUUGAAACAUUUUCAUCGAUUGUGGUUAGAACCCCGGAUCCUUCCGAACCCGGUUGUUGCUCGAAGGGUAAAAAAAAAUCUGAAGAACCCCCUAAAAAAAAGGCUUCAAAAUCUAAAUCGAAAUCAAAAUCGAAACAUUCAAGCGAAGGUAAGUUGUCAACUAAGAAUACGUCGAAAUCGCGGGUUAAAACCAAAAAAGUCGAAAAAUGUGAAAAAGCCAAGAAAGGAAGUAAUAGCCAAAAGUCGGAUUCAUCUAAAUGCUUUUGCGAUUACGAAGAGGAAGAUAUGAAAAGGCUUCUUUUAACACCACAUCCGAGUAUGAUUAAAAACUCGUCAGCUAAAUCAACUCCAAAAUCAUCUCUACGAUCAUCGAAAAGAAAUUCAUUUCUUAAGCCGCAUAAAGCACGCUCAAAAGGAAGUAGUCGAAUAUCAAGCGAAGAAUUUGUACAAGCUCACGAAUACGACGUACGGAGGUUAGAAUUACCCCCAACUCUCCUAAAUAUUUAUCGGAAACCCAACAAAAAAAUUCCGCGAAAAGAUGAAAUCUUCGAAACUUUAAUUUCAAUGUUGUUCAAGGAAAAAAGAAAUAAACGGGGCGAAAACACUCGGAAACGAAUGGUUAAAAAAUAUUUAUCCCAAGUUUCAAGCACCGAGUUAGAAGAUAUCGUUUUAGAAUUAGUUCGAAGUCUUCCAAAUGGGUUACAAGAUAUUUUAGGGAAUAAUCAAAGCGAUGAAAUUACUUUUGGGGUUAAAAACAAACAGUCUCAAGAUAAUCAAAUCAAAUUAAACGUUUCGAAAACUUAUUUAAAACGAUUUAAAAAUCAAGUUCAAUUAGAACGAAAUGUUUUUUGCUCGAAAUAUUUAAAGCAAGUUGCGAUAAGUUGUAGUGAGGAUUGUUCGUGUAUCGCCGAGCCGUGUUCUUCGGGAGUAUCCGAUGUUAACGAUGAUAUGGUUAAUUAUAAAAAAACCGAUUAUACCAUCGAUGUUGAUAAAGUUGAGGUUUUUUGUAGGAAUUACGAUAGUUGGUGUUCGCUUAGCUCGAGUGAUAAAGGUAAAAAGAAUCAAAAUCGAUUAAUUAAAGAGCAAUUUAACGACAAACUUAGCACCAGCGAUGAUUCGAAGGAAAUCGUUGAAUUAAUCCGGUUAUUGUCAACCUUAUCUCCGAAAGAUUUAUGUGGGUAUUUUUCUAAACAGUGCAUGAAAUAAGUGUAUUAUUUUAUUUAAAUGUUUUUGUUUGAAGGAUA